AUGUGAUGUUGGGCGAGCGAGCCGAGGAGCCGCCGUCCUCCUCCUCCUCCUCCUCCUCCUCCUCCUCCUCCUCCGAUCGCCGGCGGCCAUGGCGACCCCCAACAACCUGACCCCCACCAACUGCAGCUGGUGGCCCAUCUCGGCGCUGGAGAGCGAUGCGGCCAAGCCGGCCGAGGCCCCCGACGCGCCCGAGGCGGCCAGCCCCGCCCAUUGGCCCAAGGAGAGCCUGGUUCUCUACCACUGGACCCAGUCCUUCAGCUCGCAGAAGGUGCGGCUGGUGAUCGCCGAGAAGGGGCUGGCGUGCGAGGAGCGGGACGUGAGCCUGCCGCAGAGCGAGCACAAGGAGCCCUGGUUCAUGCGGCUCAACCUGGGCGAGGAGGUGCCGGUCAUCAUCCACCGGGACAACAUCAUCAGUGACUACGACCAGAUCAUCGACUACGUGGAGCGCACCUUCACCGGAGAGCACGUGGUGGCCCUGAUGCCCGAGGCCGGCAGCCCACAGCAUGCCCGGGUGCUGCAGUACAGGGAGCUGCUGGACGCUCUGCCCAUGGAUGCCUACACCCAUGGCUGCAUCCUGCACCCUGAGCUCACCACAGACUCAAUGAUCCCCAAGUACGCCACGGCCGAGAUUCGCAGACACUUAGCCAAUGCCACCACGGACCUCAUGAAACUGGAUCAUGAGGAAGAGCCCCAGCUGUCUGAGCCCUACCUUUCUAAACAGAAGAAGCUCAUGGCUAAGAUCCUGGAGCAUGAUGAUGUGAGCUACCUGAAGAAGAUCCUCGGGGAGCUGGCCAUGGUGCUGGACCAGAUUGAGGCAGAGCUGGAGAAGAGGAAGCUGGAGAAUGAAGGGCAGAAAUGUGAGCUGUGGCUCUGUGGCUGUGCCUUCACCCUUGCCGACGUGCUCCUGGGGGCCACCCUGCACCGCCUCAAGUUCCUGGGACUGUCCAAGAAAUACUGGGAAGAUGGCAGCCGGCCCAACCUGCAGUCCUUCUUUGAGAGGGUCCAGAGACGCUUUGCCUUCCGGAAAGUCCUCGGUGACAUCCAUACCACCCUGCUGUCGGCCGUCAUCCCCAAUGCAUUCCGGCUGGUCAAGCGGAAACCCCCGUCAUUCUUCGGGGCAUCCUUCCUCAUGGGCUCCCUGGGUGGGAUGGGCUACUUUGCCUACUGGUACCUCAAGAAAAAAUACAUCUAGAGCCAGGCCCCCAGAGGCUUGGUGUCUGACUGUUGGUGUCUCUGUGCUGUGUGAUUCCCAAAGACCUCUCAGUAACUCAGCCCCGUGAACAUGGACAGCACUUCCCUGCCCCUUGCUCCCAGUAAUUCUAUCGUCAGUGUGACCACAUUCCAUAGUUUAGAAGUAGACGUCGCCAAGGCUGUGACUUGAGGUCACAGCUCUACUAGGAGAGAGAGAGAAAGAGAGAAAGAGAGCGAGAACAGAAACAAAACACGAAUGCCUUUUCUGAUUCAAGGUCUCAAGACGUUAUUGUGGGGACUGGUUAGGAUCUGAGG